UUGUGUACUCAGGACUCUGCCUUCCUCUUCCUAUGUAAUUUUAUCUCAAGUCGGCCAAUCCGAUUCCGCAAACUUGGGUCGAAUCUUCAAAAACAAUCCAUUCUUAGAAUUUAACGAACAGAGCUAGCUCGUCUUCAACCUUGAAUUCAGCUGGUUUCGGGUUCGGAUCCUAGGGUUUUACUGAUUUCUUCUCAACUAUGGCUCAAGCGCCAGGAAGGAGUAGAGUCGUUGGGGACUACCAGGUAGGUAGGCAAAUCGGGUCGGGUUCUUUCUCGGUGGUGUGGCACGCUAGGCACCGGGUUCAUGGCACCGAGGUGGCUAUAAAGGAGAUCGCUACGAGUCGGCUCAAUAAGAAAUUGCAGGAUAGUCUCAUGUCUGAGAUCUUUAUCUUGAAGAGGAUUAAACAUCCGAAUAUUAUUUGCUUACACGAUAUUAUUGAGGUGCCAGGGAGAAUACAUAUUGUGUUGGAGUAUUGCAAAGGGGGUGAUCUUUCUAUGUAUAUUCAACGACAUGGAAGAGUCCUAGAAGCAACUGCUAAGCACUUCAUGCAGCAACUAGCGGAUGGUCUAAAAAUACUUCGGGACAAUAAUCUUAUACAUCGGGAUCUAAAACCGCAGAAUCUCCUCCUUUCUACCAAUGACAGCAAUGCAGUCCUAAAAAUUGCUGAUUUUGGAUUUGCUAGAUCUCUGCAACCUAGAGGCCUUGCAGAAACCUUGUGUGGUUCACCCCUUUACAUGGCUCCUGAGAUAAUGCAGCUUCAGAAGUAUGAUGCUAAGGCGGAUCUCUGGAGUGUUGGUGCCAUUUUAUUUCAGCUUGUGACAGGCAAAACCCCAUUUACUGGAAGCAAUCAAAUGCAGUUGCUCCAAAAUAUUGUGAAGUCAACUGAAGUGCAAUUUCCUUCUGAUAGUAAGGAGUUGAGUGCUGACUGCAAAGAUUUGUGCCACAAGUUGUUGCGUCGUAAUCCAGUGGAACGGCUAACGUUUGAGGAGUUCUUUAAUCACCCAUUCCUUUCUCAGAGGAAAAUGGAUGAAUCUUUUGGGAAUAGGACGUUUUCAGGAUCAGUUGACAGUGUUCCAUUGUCUGAAAGCAAUUCUGCAAGGAACACAGAGGACAUUUCUCAAGAGGAUUAUCUGCCUUUCCUCCUGGACGAUGAUUCUAGUGGUCCUGAGGGUAGCCCUUCCUUUUCUAAGAGGAGGCCCUCAAUGAAGUCCACCCAUGGAUUUUCUCUUGGUACACAAGUUGAUGGGAGGGAAGCAAAAUCUAAUGCUUUGAAUAACAUAGAUUUUACUGCCAGGCAUUCUAGUGCCAGACAUAAUCUGGAAACUACUAGUUUUAAGCCUGACAUUAAUAAAAUUUUCAAUGAAAAUCUACAUGAGGUUCCCAAGUCCAUGAACCAAAGGUCUAUGAAUGUACGAUCAAGAGUUGUCGACUCAUUGGAGUUGAUAGAUCAAGAUUAUGUUAUUGUUUCUAGCCCCCCUCUGGAUGUGUCUUCUUCUUCAGCAAGUACUUCCAAACCAAGAAGUAUACCAUACAAAUCACCAAGUCCUCCUCGAGCAUCAGUAAAUGUAAAUACUGCCCCCAUGCCAAUAAUUGACACUGCUAACAGUCAUGCAUUCCACAUUGGAAGCUUGGAAGGUCCAAGCUCUGCUCCUUGGACUUCACAAGGAUCCAUGGAUAGUGGAGAUGUUUUGGAGCAGCCAUCAACUCAUUGUAUGACUAGGAUUAAGUCAUUGCAGCAGUGUGCAUCUUCCAUCGCUGAAUUAGUGCAGGAAAAGGUGGAGGCAGGCAGGCAACUGGAAGCAUUCUCGAUACAACUUGUUAUUCUUGCAAUUUGGAAGCAAGCACUUCAUAUUUGCCACACUCAGGCUGCCUCAGCUAUUGAAGGAAGUCCAAGCCAAGAGAGCACAAGGUUGAGGAGAAGCAGCAGCAAGAAGCAUGGGACUCCUGAUACAGAAGACUGUCUUGACGGUGGGCCAGAGAAUAUAUCCACUCAGAUUGAGAGGGAGUUUUUAAGGGAAGUUGAACAUGCUGAGGAAUUUGCCAAGGCUAUUGAACCUGGAAAUGUUGAGAUGCCUGAUGCCAUGGAAGCAAUAUUUCAAUCUGCCCUUGCUCUCGGAAGAUAUGGAGGAGUUGAGGAGCUCAUGGGUGAAAUGGAAAGUGCAUCUUUCUUAUAUUCAAAAGCAGUGCGCUUGUUAGUCUUCCUUCUAGUGGAAGCACCGUCCCUCAUUCUCAAUCCUCCACUCUCUCUCACAAACUCAGACCGGUAUAGACUUCGUACUUACAUUGAUAUCCUCAAUAAUAGGCAGGGCCAUUCACGAUCUCAAAGGAUGGCACUUCUCAAAUGCGAUGAACAAGCACAACAAUGAGUAGGAUAGCCAAGAUUUUUACAGUUACCUAAUGACCUGUUUAUGUUUGCCAUGUAAAAUUAUUUGUUUGUACAGCUAUUCUUUUGAGAUUCUGGGAUUGGGAUAUUGCCAAAGCUCAACCUUUGUAUUUAGGGGGGGUGUUGUAAUAUUCUCAUUUAUGCGAUUUAGGGAAUGAAGGGCUGACAAAAAAAGCAAGAAAAAAAAAAGAUAGAAGAGGAAAGAAAGAUGCAUGAAAGAAAGAUCUGAAGAAUGAAGCAAUGUGCAUGUGUUUUGCAUCGGAAA